CAGAAGAGAACUCCGUCGCCCGGCGGGCAGAAAUAACGCGCGGUCGCUCGGCAACGCGUAUGCACGCUGUCCGACCCUUUCUCAUUUUCCAUCUCCGCCUCUUCGGCGAAGCAAAUGCCUACGAUUGGAUACGCUUCAUUGUCGCUCAAAAAUGAACAGCCAAUCAUCUUCCAAAACAUGGAGGGCGGGAUUUCGGUUCCAUCCAAUAGCGUGCCAAGGAUGGAGGGGCAUUUCCUUUGAGUGCCCGCAGAGCUGAAUUGACUGGGAAUACAAAUGUAAAAUUCAACCCAUGAUAGGGUGACGGAGGUGGGGAUAGAGUACAUCUAGCCAAUGGCUAUAAGAAAGAGGUGGGUUUUAAGGGCACCCGUUCCCAAUGCUUUUUACGGAGUGGUCUAAUUCUGAAUGUCUAAUCCAAUGGGCAGCAAGAGAGAGGAUGACUGAUAGAAGGCUAUUUCAAACAGGAGUACAGAAGAGGUGGGGCGUGUUAGAAACAAGCCAAUUAGCUUCAGGAAUAGUUGAGAGUGACAUCCUAGGCAGCCAAUAGCAUUUGAGCCGCCCCUGCAAGGCGUCUGCGCGAACCCCGCGCACCCUUCAGAGCCGAAGCCGGGAGGUAAGAUGGCGGCCGCCGACGGAGAUGACUCCCUUUACCCUAUUGCUGUGCUGAUCGAUGAGCUGCGGAACGAAGACGUUCAGGUACGGCUCGCGUCAACCGAGGCCUCCCUGGGCGUAAGGGAAAGCGACCGGAGUUUAUUCGGGCAGCCGGGGCCCGAAAGCCGCGCCUUGGGUUACAGUAGCCAAUCAGCGGCCGCUUUUCAUCCGAGAACCCCGCGUGUGAGCGAUCAGAAGCUCAACCGGAUUGGCUGUAAGGAUUUUCAUUUGAGAAGGCGAGGAGCAGGGUGUUGGCUAAUGGAAGGGUCCGUAUUAUUCAGUGAGACUCCCCUUCGUCCGUGUUGCGAGCAGCCACGUGAUUGGCUGGGCGACCUGUUUGUCUAGUAUGGGGGUUAAUCAAAACAAUCAGGAGGAGGGUCGCCUUUUCCUUUAAUAAAUAUAUUGAUGGAAUGGCGAGAGGAGGCUCCUGAUUGGGUCGAGCCUCGCCUAUUUAUUAUACGGGUGUUUCCUGACCAAUCAAGGAAGCGUCUUGAUCUGAUCUCCAGAUGAGGGGUCUCAUGCCCGUCAUGCUACGGCUUUUCCAGGGGGUUGUUAGGCUAAGGACAUAGACGAGGAAGUGGUGCAUAGCUGAUUGUCAUGGAGAGGAGCCAUUCAUGGGGGCGGGGAGAUCUCAGUAGGGGUGCCAUCUUUGAGGUAGCCUUACUAUGUAUGUGGGGUGCGUGACUGCUCCCCUUCUCCCUCUCUCUCUCUCUCUCUUAUCUACUUGGGCUUCUGGUUGUAAGGAAUGCAUAGUUUUGGAAUUUGUGAUUAAUGCUAGCUAGCAUGGUGCCUGCCCAUUGGGAAAGGCUGCAUCCCUCAAUACCUCCCAUAAUAUAGUACUUUUUUUGGUGAUACAAUAGAUGUGUUUGGGCCUCAAUAGCUUAAGUGAUGGAAUUGUUUGAGGGCUAGCAGAGGUGGCAACCGAGGUGCAUCUAAAAUAGCUGUUCCUUGGUAUUUUGUAUGUAAAACAGCUACACUGUAAGCUGUUGUUUGUAGAACAACACAGAACAAGGUCUCUGCCCUGAGGAGUUAACAGUCUAAAAGCCAGUAAAGGGUUGGGGGAGGGAAAUGGAAAGGUUCAUUGGAAGAAUACGUACAUGUGCUAUUUCCCAGCUGUGAUUUGAUGUGAUGAAAAGGGCUUCAGGGUGUCACUUAGGGGUUUUCUGUUUUGGAUGUAAAAUGUGUUUAAUUACUUGACGGUUGUAAACCGGCUUCCCUUACUUACUUUUAUCCCUUGUUAUUGUUGUUGAGUCUUACUUUUUAAGCUGUUGUCCCCUGUUGAAUUUAGAGAGUAAGACCUACCUCUUCGUGUAAAUUAGUUUCCCGUGUUACAUUACAUUAAGGUAUUAUAGAAAGGUAUGGGAGAUGGGUGUGUGUGUGCAGUGCAGUGCAUACAUGUAGCAUGAGAUAGGUGUUAUUAAGGCUCUCCAUCUUUAUUAAUUUAGAAUAUUUGUGAGUUGCGCUAUGAGACAUUUUCUAGGGGGCUUGCAAGAAAAAACAAGAACAAGUUAUAAUAAUUUCUGCUAUCAAUAUAGUAACAAAAGCUUCAGAACUAUAUAUAAAUAUAGACUGAGCAGAGGAUCACAACUAUGCAACAUUAAAUUAAAUGCACCACAGAGGAAUUAAAAUUUUGCAGAGUUAUAACAGUAGAUACUAAAAGCCCUGGGGAAAAGGAAAGCUUUUCCAAGUGCUGCAAAUAUCUUAAAAUAGAUGCCUUCUCUGGGGAAGGCACUUCACAGGUGGUGAUGGUGAGGCUGCUGAGAAGGCCUUUCCUUCCUCAUUUGGCAAGAGCCCUUUGAGAAAAGCAUCAGAUGACAACUCAAGGCAUAUGUAGGUACAUGUGGGGAGAGGUGCUCCUUCAGAUGCCAGCGUCAAAAUCAGCACUUAAAAUUGGGCUCAGGGGUGGAACAAAAGUCAGUGAAGAUUUUUAUCAUUUAUUUUAUUCAGUUUCAAUACCACCCUUCAUCCGAAGAUCACAAGGCGGUUUACAAUAUAAAAACAGAAAAAUACAUAUCAUAAUGACAAACAAAAAUAUGAUGGAGUACUGGCAUAAUAUAUACACCUGCCCCAGAUGAUACAGAAUAUGGCUACAGGGGUACUAACUGAAGUUUCAGCUUCAGUUGCAGCUCCUCCACAUAUGAUACACAUUGCAGGAAUAAAUUCAGUAGGUUAUCAGGGCUUGAAAGCUAGCCCAUAUAUGCCCAAGGUCAUAGCUAGUGUGCCAGCCUAAACAAGUGAAAUCUUUUUUCUCUGUGUGUUUUCUACAGUAAUAAUAUUAUUAAUAAUGCUAGAAAAACAAAUCAAUAUUGUUCUCUGCUACAUGGCUUGGGCCAGUGGCAUGUUGGGACUGCUCUGGCUGUCUGGUCCAGAGCUGCCCUUGAUAUGGUGGGUGUUGGGAUCCCCUAGAACAAUCCUGGGCACGCUCAACAACAAAGCUGAGGUCACCUCUUGAUAUGGGCAGCGAGACCGCUAGACAGCAGGGUGGGCAGUAUAGCAGCAGAAUUUCCAGUUUGUCCUAAUUGUCCUGCACAAAGUUCAAACACAGCAGAUUGCCACUUAAAUAGAUGAAAAGCCUGGAGGAAGACCACAUCAUUCUCUCCACCCAGCCCUCCAAUCUAUUCUGAUUCCAAACCUGAGUUCCCAGGGGGGCCACAGCUGGGAGAGAGUAAUUUCUCCAAGCUCACCUACCCUCAGUAAUAUAGUUGAGAUCAACCGUGCUAAAGUAAUAGAUUGGAGGAAUUUUACUACAGCAUCAGCAGACCAGAGGCCAGGUUGGCAAGGUGGCCAGAGAUAUUUUCAUUGAGGGAGAGAUUGGAAGAGGGGAUAGGUGUAAUGUACCUAAUCAUCUUCUCUGGUAUGUCAAACACUCAACACCAGGGGUCUGCAACCUAAACCAGCGCGGAGCAGAUCGGGGAGCGCCUUCCGCGAUGCUGGCCAGUUUCCCAUUGGCUGCAGGAAUCUCCUGCAGCCAAUGGGAAGCUGCGCAUGCCUCCUCCGCGCCAGAAGGAGCGCCGGAAAUAGCAUUUGUGCGUGUGUGCGCAUGCGCAUACACACUCCGGCCCACCUCGGCAUGUGGGGGACCAUGAAACAGCCCAAACCACAAAAACUUUGCCGGCCCCUGCUCAGCACUAUUCCACCCCCCACACCCUUCACAGUAGGCAAUCUUGUAGGGGUAUCCCUGCCCCUCUCCAGGUCGUUCAAAGAGUUUCCCUUUACCCAGCAAAGCAAGAACAACUAUGAGUUGCUGCUUUGGGGGCUUUCCUUUUAACUAUUCAAAACAGUGGUAUUCACAAGCAAUAGUUUAAUGGCACUGCGUGCAAAAUGAGUGAAGAAGUAAACUGAAAGGGAUGUUAAUGAGAAAAAAAACACCUUUUGCACUCAACUAUUACUGGGCCCGCCUAACUCAACUCAUUGUUCUAGAUGGCUUCAUGAUAUUAUCUCACAGUCCACUCAAAAAUGAAAAUGGAUCUGUCCUUUGGUGUUGCUGCAUGAUGAUGAUCUGCCACCAGCCGUAGUCUUCCAGAAAUCACUUUUCUGACAGGGAUGGUGGAUGAUUAAUUGGGUGAUUCAUAACAGGAAACAGCCCAUCUCAGCAAUUGGGUGUUUUAUUUAUUGAAUUGUAUAGAUAAUAUUUAUGUUCCACUCAUACAGUAUUCCUGCUCCCAGGACAGCUGCUAAUACUUUUUUCUUUUCAAAAAUGGGCUGGAAGUUAGUGCAGUUGCGUUAAAACAAACAGAUGUUUCUAUUGGCUGGUUCCACUUGGCAAACCAGCAGGCAUGUUUUUGGAAAACAUAGGUAGUCCAGUAUUCCUUGCAGCACAUUACAGCAAUCUACUGAGUGCACAGCUAAUUAUGUCCAGGCUUUCUCUGUCCAGGAAGUGUCCCAUUUGGUACCCUCAAUUUGCCACACUGGCUGCAUAUCUUAGUGUAAAAAUGAUAAGUAGGCCAUCCACUUUUGUGGAUUUAUUUGCAAAGUACGUUUGUUCUGUAUGUAAUCAAGAGUGUUACAGGGGACAUUCUGAAAUAUUUCCUCCCAUUUCUCGCUCCCACAAGUUAUGGCCUGCUUAUUUCAGAGUUGGGAAAAGCCAUACCUCCCAUGGACCUUUUCUUGAGCGUCUAUAUGCAUGUUUUCUGACUAUAUACCACUUAAAAUUGCUAUUGCUAUAUUGAUUGUACUCCAGUGACAUAUUACGAAGAAUCAGGGUUGGCUGGCAAAUUAGUGGCUCACCUUUAAAAAAUAUGUUAUUUUGAUUUCUUUCUCCCCUAUGCAGCUUCGUCUGAACAGCAUCAAGAAACUCUCUACCAUUGCACUGGCCCUGGGAGUUGAGAGGACGCGCAGUGAGCUUUUGCCUUUUCUCACAGGUAAUGAAAAGACCAGGAACUCUGAUUUUAGGGAAUAAGAAUUGAGUCUAGGGGCUGUGAUGCAUGUGAGUUUGAAUUGCAGCUUGGGCAGUACCCCAAAUCCCUUUCCCAAAGCUGUAGUGAUUUCCUUUUUAGGGCUGCAGUAUAUACGUGCUCAGCGGCACUUGAGACUCUUGCAGAAUUUUAAAUCCUUUUCAAAGCUUUGCUGAUGAAUGCAGCCUUGUCAAAAGAAAGGGACUGUGUCCUUGUUGAAUUUAGUUGGUUCAAGAUUGUGCUGAUGGGAUUGCUUGUGCCCAAGGUAUACUUAUUUCCUGCACUGGAGGGCAAUAGUUCACAUCUUCAAAUUCUCACAUCAUGUUAGCUUCCAGAUUCUGUGCUCUUGACUUUGCAGAUUUUAGUCUUGAUUUGCUUUAAUUGCUUUUUUUUUCUCCCCACAGACACUAUUUAUGAUGAGGAUGAAGUGCUACUUGCUCUGGCGGAACAGCUGGGUACCUUCACAGCUCUGGUUGGGGGCCCUGAAUAUGUCCAUUGCUUGCUGGUAAGUCCAGUGAAUGACUGGGGAAGAGUGCUCUCCACAGUGGGAGAAUGUGAGAUUUUCUAACACCUCUGUUCCUUUCAAACUUUGGUGGGUGAAGUGUUGGUCAUUAGCAGAUUUGAGGGUGGUCCUAGGUUGGAAUCUGAAUUAUACUGCCCACUAGUAAAAAGGAUAUGUUGUAAAAUGGUAGCACACAUCCACCCUUUGCCUGCUUCUACAGUGCAGCUUAAUGGUAUAUGGAAUGCCUUUCCCAUUUGCUUCCAACAAUGUUGCCCCAAAACAACAGAUGCUGUAACCUUGUAUUUGGACUCUUUGCACAGUUGACAUCCACUCUCACACACCAAUACAGGUCGCACCCCUUGCUUUCCAAAUCUUCCUUCUCUUCAUACUUCUUUGAAAACAGAAUUUAUGUAUUUCCAUAAAUCGCACAGGGGCCAAAGAUUGUAACAGGGGCAUGCUGUAUUAGAAGACUGUUUUCUUCCUUAAGGGAUUUGCUGAUUUAUUGUAAAAAAUAUUUAUAAAUUGUAUUUUGGCCCUAGAGGGGGAAUCCAAUGCAGUGUACAAAACCAAAAUAUCUAAACUUAGUUUCGUGUGUGUGUGUGUGUGUGUGUGUGUACACACAUACUGCCUUGGGGACCCUUGCUAGAUUAUCAGUAAACUAGAUUAUGAAUGGAGCAGAACAUACCUAGAAACCUGGAGAAGUGGAAUUAACUCACAGACUAAAAGCUAUUAAAAACCCAUGUGGAACGGAAAGCUGACAUGGAGCCAGUCUUACAUUCCCUUGAGAGGAAGUUGCAUAGACAGGAUGCCACAUCUUUAGAUGAUUUAUCUAGCUUUCAGAACAUCACAUUUUCCUUCAAAUUUCCCCCCUCCAUUUCUCUUGUUACUUACUGUAAUAAGAAACCCGAAAAAGGUCAGGCAGUAACACAUUUGGUGUUGCAACACUCUUUGAUAUGCUAAGCUGCAGACAUUGCAUUUAAUGUGAAAUUUAUCCUCCCUCUUUGUGCUGCAGCCUCCACUCGAGAGCCUUGCUACUGUUGAGGAGACAGUGGUCCGGGACAAAGCGGUGGAGUCUCUGCGAGCCAUCUCCCAUGAACACUCUCCAUCUGACCUCGAGGCCCACUUUGUUCCCCUCGUGAAGCGCCUGGCAGGAGGUGACUGGUUCACCUCCCGCACCUCUGCUUGUGGCCUCUUCAGUGUCUGUUACCCUCGAGUCUCCAGUUCGGUCAAAGCUGAGCUCCGACAGUAAGUGAGAUGCUUUACAUUAAGGUCUGGGGGCUGUUGGUUGGGUCACCCAUGUCAAAGGGUGAGAGACACCAAUUCAGACGACUCUAUAUUUCCCAGCUAACAGUCCUUAUCCCUUUCCUGCAGGUACUUCCGGAACUUGUGCUCAGAUGACACUCCGAUGGUCAGGCGAGCGGCAGCCUCUAAACUGGGUGAAUUCGCAAAGGUCUUGGAGCUGGAACAUGUCAAGAGCGAGAUCAUUCCCAUGUUCUCUAACUUGGCCUCUGAUGAGCAGGUCUGUGUGAUGGCACCUUGCUUUCUGGGAGAGGGCUGGGGCAGAUUAGAACACAUGUAACCCAUCUCAUGUCUCUCAUACAGGACUCUGUGCGUUUGUUAGCUGUGGAGGCCUGUGUUAAUAUUGCACAGCUCCUGCCCCAGGAGGACCUGGAAUCGUUGGUGAUGCCAACACUACGGCAAGCAGCAGAGGACAAAUCUUGGCGGGUCCGUUACAUGGUGGCUGACAAGUUCACGGAGGUUAGUACGAAUCCAUGCAGUGCUUGUGUGGUAUUCGUUUUAUUUUUAAGAUUUAUACCCAGCCUUUUGAUCAAAUCAUCUGAAACUCAGACUUUGUGUGUGUGUAUACACACAUUAUUUCUUUUUUGGAAAAACCUCUCCAUUCAACUUAUUAAAAAAAUGUUGCAAAAACUCACUUCGUGCACCUUAUUCCUCUGGUCAGAAGCAGUGUCCUUUCCUCUUAUUUCUACAGUUCCUGGGUAUUUCUCAGUUGGAGCGCAAGUCUUUUUGGCAGGGAUCCAUUUGGGAUCAUCAUCAUAUAUUUUGCCUUUUCUUGCCCAUAGCUCCAGAAAGCUGUCGGUCCAGAAAUCACAAAAACCGACUUGGUCCCAGCAUUCCAGAACCUGAUGAAAGACUGUGAAGCUGAAGUGCGGGCUGCUGCCUCCCACAAAGUCAAAGGUCAGUUGCAGUCACAAUGCCUGUGGUGGCGGCUUGUGCUUUCCAAUUGUUUGGAAUCAAAACAAUUGAUUCUCUGAGGGGUGCUCCUGCCCCAUCCGUGUUCUCACUUAUCGGAAAUCCUGUAAACAGCUGUUCAUGUUUUGUGCUACAAAUACUGCUAUUUCUGUUCUAGAAAAGGUAAAUUCAACACUCAAAUAAUUCAAAUAUUGCAAAUCAGAUUUUCAUUGUUGUAUAUACCUUCUGUUCCCUCUACAUGGCUUUAUUCUGAACUUGUUAUUUGACAUCUUGAAGAAGCUAGGGAGAGGGACAAUGUAAGUGAUAGAAAAGGAAUGCUUAUAAGAGGUAAAAUGUUUAAAGGGAAAGUGAAAUGGCUCUACCAUUCAGAACACUCAAGGUCUGUGUGCUGGACCCAUUUAAAAAUGACACCUACUAUUUUUCAAGCCUUAUUUACAUAGCUAUGAUAGUUGGGCACAUGCUUAGAAUAUAACUGAUAUUCAGUAAAAUAUAAGCCUUGCUUCCUGUGAUUUGGUGUGGCUGUAGUACAGAUACAAGACUCCACACAUAGGUCAGGAAAAAAAGGUAGCACAUGACGUAGUUCUAUAAUGCCACAACAACUAACCUUUAAACAGCCAAAUGACACUCUCUAUAGAAACGAGAGACUUGUCUAAAUUCAGUUGCAGGAAGAUGUGUUUCUGGAGGUCAGUAAUUUGUACAUUAUGGUGUGUUAGGAAGUCUGACAGUGGAGUGAUGAUGCCUAAUGGACUACUAGAUUAACUCAGAGCUCAUAUCUUCCUGAUGAGCUCCUUUGUUAGCCAGCUAAACAGCAUUCCCACUGCACCACUUUGGUUGUGAAGCCCUAACAACGUGAUUACUGUUUUUCCUUAAGAGUUCUGUGAAAACCUGUCUGCUGAUUGCCGUGAAAAUGUCAUUAUGACCCAGAUCUUGCCCUGCAUUAAGGUAUGUUCCAGGACGCGAUAAUCUCUAGUGAGUCUUGAGCUUGUUUUUUGAAGCAUUUGUCGGCUUGCAAUAACAGUACAAUUAAGGGCUGAAGAAACCAUGGAGGCAAGUGUCUCACUGUUAAAGCAGGGGGCGACUUAACUAUUUGUUUGUUUAUUAAAUUUAUAUACUGCCCGUCACCUGACAAUCACAGGGCAAUUUACAUUAUAAAGCAGGGGUCAGCAAACUUUUUCAGCAGGGGGCCAGUCCACUGUCCGUCAGACCUUGUGGGGGGCCGGACUAUUUUUUUGGGGGGGGGAUGAACAAAUUCCUAUGCCCCACAAAUAACCCACUGAUGCAUUUUAAAUAAAAGCACACAUUCUGCUCAUGUAAAAACACCAGGUAGGCCCCAUAAAUAACCCAGAGAUGCAUUUAACAAAAAAGGACACAUUCUACUCAUGUAAAAACACGAUGACUCCUGGACCGUCCGCGGGCCGGAUUUAGAAGGCGAUUGGGUUGGCUCUGGCCCCCGGGCCUUAGUUUGCUUACCCAUGGUAUAAAGGUUGCUUGUAAUAGAAUAAGGAAGUAAGACAGGUAUGCUUUGCAGAUGGGUUGAAGAGUUACAGCAGAUACAUUUGUGUUCGGUGUGUCCCAUUUGCUUUUAUUUUAUGUUUGUCAGCCACCCAGAGUUCAGUGUUUGUGGUUGGCCUCACGGCAAGCAAGUAAAUUUCUGUUUGUUUGUUUUUUGUUUUUAAUACUACUUUUUUCCAUUCAGGAACUCGUGUCGGAUGCCAAUCAACAUGUAAAAUCAGCUUUGGCAUCUGUGAUCAUGGGAUUGUCUCCCAUUUUGGGCAAAGACAACACGAUUGAACACCUUCUGCCUCUCUUCUUGGCUCAGCUCAAAGAUGAGGUGAGUGGACCCCCCCCCCAUCAUUUUCCUUUGGUCCACUUGUUAACAGUUCUGUGUCAAACUGUUCAGAAUUAGGAGCAUUUCUCUGCCUUGAUCUCCUGAAGUUGCAUUAUUUCAUGGCUGCUUCACUCCCUUGCCUCGGAAGUGCUAAAUAUACCCUUCCCCAACCUGGUGUCCUCCAGAUGUGGUUGACUUACAACUCCCAUCAUCCCUGACCAUUGGCCUUCCUGGCUGGGGCUGAUGGAGUUAGGAUCCAACAGUGUCUGAAGGGCACCAGGUUGGAUACUGGGGGAGUUGUUACAUAAGAUUAGCUGAUUAGUUUCUGCACACUGCAAAUGUAAAUUAACUAUGCGGUGUGUGUGGGUGUCCCCCCCCCCCCGGAAUUCUGGGAACUCAGCUGGAGUCAUAAAUGACCGAUUUCUCUAAAGAGAGGCCAUAGAAAAGUAAUAGAGUACAUGCUUUAUAUGUUUAGGGUUCCAGGUUCAGUGCUAAGUAGCUGGGACUGAAAAGAUUUGUGAACAAACUCAAUAAUGAACGGGAUGGACCUAUGUAGGUUCCUACAUAGUACCACCCCUACCCUUGAUUUUGGUGUUCAAGGGCUUAUAUGGCCAAAUCAGGCCCAUUUAAAUUAGGGUUGGUAUCUUCCAUCUCUGAAAUGGGAGGCUGUGCCCAUUAUGGUCUGAAGGCGCAUGAGGUCACCACCUUGCUGGUGCUAAGCAAGUCUGAGUCUUGUCAGCGCCUAGAUAGUUGAUUGCCUGGGAGCCACAUGUACGCCACCUUGGGAUUUUUGAUGGAGGGAAGCUGGGGUAGUAAGAAAAUAAAUCAAAGCCACCUCACCAAGUCAAAAGGUUGCAAGCCUAGUUUAGAUGUGGUGGAAGAUGAUACGCAAGUAUUUGCAGUCGUCUAGAAGAGUGGGUGGAGUUUAGGGGUUGCAUCUGGGAGGUGGAACUGCCCUCUGAUCUCACUGUUCACAUUUCUGCAGUGCCCGGAAGUCAGACUCAAUAUAAUCUCUAACCUGGACUGUGUGAAUGAGGUGAUUGGCAUCCGGCAGCUGUCCCAGUCCCUGCUGCCAGCCAUUGUGGAGUUGGCAGAGGAUGCCAAGUGGCGUGUGCGACUGGCCAUCAUCGAGUACAUGCCCCUGUUGGCUGGGCAGCUAGUAAGUGCAUCUUUGGCUUUUUGCGUAUGAGUUUGACAUGCUGGGAGAACACAGUGAUCAAAUAUUCUUGGGUCAGCUGGGCCUGGGUUGCCGCAGGCACAUUGUUUGGCUUUGUGAAAGCUUUUGUAUGUGUUCCGCCUUGUGGGAACUGCUAGUUACUGCCCAUUUGCUUGGGGAGCAUUAACCAUUCAGCUUAAAAACUUAGAACCUUUCACAACCUUUGUACUGGUUUGCUCCCUACCUGCCAUAUGAGCGAGACCACUUUCUCCGUGUUUUGUUUCUGACUGUGAGAAUCCCAUAAACAGCAUUAUCACAAGUUAAUCUGAGCUCUCUGUAAUUUCCCCUCUGUAGGGUGUGGAAUUCUUUGACGAGAAGCUAAAUUCCCUUUGCAUGGCAUGGUUGGUGGAUCACGGUAAGGCUCUUAAGUUGAAACAUUUUCUUUCCUCCCUUAACCCUUUUUCUCCCUGUUGUUACAUUUGCAUUUGUUCAAAUAAAGGAAGGUAGAAUGCCACAUCUGGACAAGAAUUAGAGGUGCAGUCUCUCUGUGUUAACUAGAGGGGUGAUUUUUAUCACCCUUAUUUGUAGGAAAAAGGGCUGUAGAGAGGAAGGGAGACCCAAGAGCACAUGCUAAAGUGGCUCUUUGAAUUAUGGCCCAGGUGCUUUGUAUCUCUUUAAAAUAUCAAGCACUUUAUAUCCAACUAGUGAUCUCUAACAUGGAAAGUAUAUUUCAAAGCUAAUGGGAUCCAUUAUGAAAGCUCCUGUUCCAGCAGAGAGAAUUGGCUCAUCUAAGCUUUUAGUGCAGGAAUAAAAGUUGUAUUUUUUUAUAUUGAAUGGGAGAGUUCUUUUUCAGCCACAGGAGCAAUUAAGCUCAAGUUCAAUGCUAUUAUUUCACAAUGAUGGAGAGGCAAUGUAGCUCGUUUCCAUGGUGGUUUGCUGCAUUAACUCAAUAGCCUAGUUUACACAUGCUAUGGUUUAUAUAAGCCACAGAAAACCUCGUGAUUGUGGCACAUCUCAGAAGCUUCUGCUUUGUUUUACAUCAGAUAACAGACUAAACUGUGGUUAUUAAUGAUGGUUUUUUGAAAGCAUAGUUAGGGUUAACCAUUGCUUGUCCAAGUUCAGAUGACACUGCAGGCUGUGGCAAACAUACAGUGGUAGAAAAAAGGCUUCUGAACCACUUUGCUGCCACACCAGAGGGGAAGCAUGAGACCGUGAAGCCUUCUGAGGCUUGCUUUUGUAACACUAAACUAUGGUUUAGUGCAGGUAGCCAAUGUUAGGAGUCCCAGCAACACCUGAAGAGCACCAGUUCUUCCCAUCACAUCUAGACAGCAUGGCCAGUGCUUCAGGAUGAUGGGAGUCAUAGUUCAGGAAUAUCCAAGUGCUACCACAUCGGCUAUCCCUGGUUUAGCAAUGUCUGAACCAGACAAAUGUGUAUUCAAUAACAGAUGUUCACUAAUUAAAAUUUAUUUUAGUCAUUUUGUGUGGAGGGGGAAUAAUGUAACUAAAAUUUAAAUAUCUGGGGCCAUUAGGGGCUGUUGAAAACUAUGAGGCCCAAAAGCUUUAUAAACAAAAGCUACUGCUUUUUUAUCCAUUUCCUUCUGCCGUAAAAAACAAAACAUAAAACCUUUCAGUCAUUCAAUGCAUCCAGAAUGAUUCAGAAGUGAACUUGUGCCUUUCAGUCUCGUCUCCACCGAAUAAAAUGUGUGACCAAUGACCAAUUCAAAUUGUUAAAUGAGCUAUCAAUUUAUGAAAUCCGUGAAAGCCUAUCUUCCCUAAUUUCCAGCCCAGAAUAUCACUGCUGAUUUCAAAUGUUUUCGUGGAAGGGAUGCUUAACCAGUGACAAAUGCCAUGUUAGAGUGGCUGUAAAUUGCCAGUGGAAAGGUGCCUAUUGUUCUUUGGAGCGGAGCUCUGAAAUCUGUCGCACCUCCAUCUCCUGCUUUGAAUUUUAAUGGGGCAGGAAACAAGUGACAUGUAUAAGGCAUAGGAGUACAAUCCCAACUCAGUCCUGGCAGCAUUUGUGGUCUAAAAUUGAGCUGGGUUUCUAUUGUUUUCCAAUGCAAAGCAUAUAGGGCUUUUGACAUAGAGCCGCUAAGGGCCUGCAGUGAUAUCCACUCCUCCCAUUGACCGAAUUUGGUUUGGGCUCGGGACUUUAGCCAGAUCUGGUGCACGACCUUAAUAAGCACCCACACAUGCAUGAAAAUCUUGCAAACUUCAGAGUGGGUGGGUGGCUUCCUUUGCCAAAUGUGCUGAAGAAGUUGGACAAUAGCAUUAGUUCGGAGUGUUCUCACCUUUUAACCUGUGCUGACACUGCUCUCCUCUCCAGUCUACGCUAUCCGAGAGGCAGCUACUAGCAACCUCAAGAAGCUUGUGGAGAAGUUUGGCAAGGACUGGGCCCAUGCCACCAUCAUCCCCAAGGUGCUGGCCAUGUCCAACGACCCCAACUACUUGCACCGCAUGACCACGCUCUUCUGCAUCAAUGUGAGUUGGGGCAAGGGUGGGGUAGAGGAGGAAGUUGGGAUGAACUCAGGGCAAAGGGAAGAAUGUGUUCUCCACCAUGAAAGAGCUGACAUACUGCAUUAAAAAUGUUCUCCCUUUUUCCUCUUCCGUCACGUAUAAGUCAUUAAUCGUUCUAAUAUUGCCACAUCCCAUAUUCUGUUAAACGAUUUAGACCUAGAAGAAACUUCAGUUCCAUUUGGAUGCAGUUAAAAUUCUUGCUCCAGAUAAUAAUUUGAGUAUUUUAGUGGAGUUUUCCAUUUCUGCAUGAUUUACUUCAUGUAACUGUUUUCUGAAUCAAAAAUAAGUGGUGCAUAUUUUUAAUUGCAACUUUUGAGGCAUUUUGUGUGCAGAACUUUGGAUUUGCCCUCCCCCCCCCAUGUAAACUAACUUCAGUGUAAACCACUGAGGAACAGGCGGGUGAUGGGGGGCAUUGGAAAGGGAUGAACUCCUAUGCCAGGUACAAAAGAGCUCCCCCACCCCCACCCCGGUGAGAUUUUCUGCUUUUCAAACUUGAGAAUAAAAACUUUCAGGUUCCCGAUUUCCCCCCUUUAACACACAAGUUGGAUUGCCUGUCUCUUAAGUUCUUUUGAAAUUAAUGGUCUGAAGUUAGUCCUUUCCAUUCAUUUUCCAUACAUCUAUUCUGAGGUUAAUUAGCAUUGGAUACACCAGAGUUCUUCUUUUUUUAUCACCAAGUACUCACGGAGCUGUUUUGCAUAGAAAUAAGCUGCCCAGGGAAGUCCAUUAGGAGACAUUGGGUUGUUGAUUGGUUUAGAUAUUGGUCAUCAUGCUUUGAGAGGAGGAGGAGAGUCCUCAAACUGCUCCUUUAUUGAGUGCUUCUUGUAGGACUCCUAUGGGACAGAUUAAUUAUGCUCUUUCUGCGAAACGUGUUGAGAAAUUUUAGGGGUGCUUUACUUGUUUAGUGGAAACCCCCCAUGCUUUCUGAGGGCUAGGGCAUCAUUUUAGGUCCAUCAGCAAGCAUGGCAUUCAAAGUGAGCAGCACAGACCUAGCAGCCAAGGGAAGCUCAAAGUCUCCCACAUACCCUGUGGAUCCCACUUGAUCAUGAUCCAGCUCCAUCGUGCCUUUUCCUUUGCUAGGUGUUGUCAGAGGUGUGUGGGCAGGAGAUCACCACCAAGCACAUGCUUCCCACUGUGUUGCGGAUGGCAGGCGACGCCGUAGCAAACGUCCGCUUCAACGUGGCCAAGUCCCUUCAGAAAAUUGGACCAAUCCUGGACAACAGGUAUGACAGAUCACUGGGGGCACCAUUGCACCUGACGCCUUUAUGGCAGCAGUCCCAAAACUCCUCCCGGUUGAAGGAUGCAUUUAUGGGGAGGGGGGAAAGUGGGAGAAGCACUUGGGGCCUUUGAAGACCUUUGGAUUUACUGCCUUGGCCUUUCACUCACUUUUUCCUACUCAUCCCUCUGCCACUCUUAUCCCCGCAGCACCCUUCAGAAUGAGGUGAAGCCAGUGCUGGAGAAACUAACACAGGACCCCGAUGUGGAUGUCAAAUACUUCGCCCAGGAGGCGCUGACUGGUGAGUCAGGAACGUCCUUUUCCCCAACAGGAACAACCUCACCUUGUGUCAAGACAAAACACUCGCUUCCCAUCUUCUCAACUAGGAAGGAUGUGCUUGUCAGCUUGAGGCCUUCUCCUCUCAACCUCUGUUCCCGAGUUGCCUUGCAGCUUGCUCCUGUCCCAGAUCUGAGACAGGUGCAAACUCUUGGAAGAGUGCCCAAGUGUUUCUCCUGAUACUUGAAUUCUUCCAGCCAAAGGGAAGACGAGUGAGGAGGAAAAGGAGUUGCUGCAAGGGGAGGCUUUCUUUACCAGCUCCAAGAUCAGCAGGGGUGGGAGGGAGAGGUGUACAUAAAAGAGAGCUUGGAUGGGGAAGCAUACAGACCUUGUGGUUUGCUUGAAUUUGGAGCACGGGCUGUGAAAGAGGAGCCCUCCUGGAUGAGACUAAAUGCCUAUCUAGUCCACCCUCCUGGUCCCCACUGUGGCGAACCACAUGCCUGUAGGAAGCUCACAAGCAGGACCUGGGGCAUGUUGCUGCUUCCCAGUAGCCUGGAGCCACUGAUCAUGGAGAUAGGUUAUAGCCCUUAUGACUACUGCCUCUUGAUAGCCUUGGUGUCAUAUUGUAUGGUCAUGAAUUCCACUAUGUGCGGUGUAAAGUAUCUCCUAUUGUUUGUUCUGACUCUCCCACCUUCCAGCUUCAGUAGAUGGUCCUUGGAGAGGGAGAGAAAUGCUGCUCUUUCCAUUUUCUUCACCGCACAUCAUUCCAUAGAUUUGCUUUCUAAACAAAAAAGGCCCAAGCAUUGCAACCUUCCUUUGUUUUGGCAGUAGCUCUCACAUCUUCCUUCAAUCCCCACCCUCUGAUAGUUUGAUUUGUCCUUUUUGUAACCCUGGAGCUGAAUAUUUGUCAGGUUAGUUUGCACAAUCCAUUCGAUUCCUCCUGGCUCAGUACUAUUGUCUAAGCGGGUGGACUGACUCCACGGGGGAGAGAUUGGUGGUUGAGGUGACACGGAGAUUACGGCUGAAUGGCUUCUGAUGACUCAUUAAUACCUACAAGCUGCCGGCUCCUGUCGCAGCCAUCAGCCAACAAGGACAAGAGGGUGGAGCAGCAGCCCUCUUGCCUCUCCUGGCUGUACAGUCACUUGUCUCUGCACUUGAUGAUCCCUCACAAUAGAUGUUCAUAAUUGCAUAUGGGAUUGUUCAUGCAAGAAAGAAACCCAACCAUCUGGAAAUCUGGCAGUGGAGGAAUUUGUAUGUGACUUUCUGCAAGUAACCCUUAGAAUUUAACUCGUUUUCUUUCUCUCUUUUCACAGUGUUGGCACUGGUUUGAGCCCUAGGAGCCCCGACGCUGUUGUCUCUUCCACUUGGGCCCCAAUUGGACCGAUCUUUCUCUCCCCCUCCCCAUUUCCCUGCAUGUCUACGACCAGCCCCCAUCCCAAGUGGAUCCAUAUGGUGAUAUUGGUCAGUGGCUGACUCUGGAGUCCACCUCCCUCUUCCACUCUUAGCUCCAUGUUCUGAAACCUUCCUCGGCAGCUGUGAUACUUCCUCCCUAUCUCAUCUUAGCCAGGCUCCAUCUUUAGUUUUGUUGUGCCACCAGGUGGCAGCAAAUGGCAGCCUCUCCCUCGCCCCCCCCCCCUCCAGUCCUGCCUCCUGGUGCAAGCUCAUGAGAGGCAGAGCAGCCCCUUCAAACCUACACUUGGCAUGGUCAAUGUGAACACUCUGGGGAGGCAAAGUGCUUGGAGCUUCUGUAACCUUUUGGCCACAGUUUGCAUGAGAACUUCCCCACAGUGCUGUAUGUAGCUGUGCAUGAGGUAUUGAUUUGGCCUUCCUCUUGAUGAACUUUGCUCAGUGGGCAGCCAGAUUGCCCCUGCCACUCCCCCAUCCCAGCGAUUUAAAAAGUCCCAGGGGGUCCUCCAUUCAGUGUCUCUAACACCACUUAAUCAGAUAGAGCAUUGGUUACAAAACUAACUAGUUCUCAGGGGGGUUCCUUUGUUAGCAAACUUCUCUUAUGCUCUAAGUUGAAUGCAGCAGAGGCCUCUCCCCUCCAGCCCCAGAGAGGGGAGGAAGGGGUGCUUAAAUCCCUAUUGUUUUAAUUUCUCACCAAACUCACUACUAUUCUUUCUCAGUUCAGGUCCCCCUCGUACCCUGUGUUUUGUGCUGGAAGGAACUUCUGUAGGUAGCAUGUUGGGAGAAGCAGCUCUUUGCAGAAAAUAUUACUUUGGGGCGGUGAAGGAUAUGAACCCAGCAGGAAGUGUUGCCUUGGGUCCUCAGCAUUUGGGAGACUGCCUCUAGGCUAAAAGUUUGUCAAACACACAUCCGGUAUCUUAGCCAGGCUUUUUAAGCUUGGCCCUACCUAAAUUUGGAGGGGUAAAGGGAUGCUUUUAUGAAGACAUCAGUCGGCAGGAGGGACAAUCAGGUCGCUGUCUCCUGCAAUGCUUGGACUAUCCAGUGUGGCAUAUUAGCCAAUUGGAAUCUCCAGCAUCUAUCAUGAAAAACCACCACCAACUUCCUCUUCCCCUCCCCUUAGUCUGCCCUGAUUAUGUCCUGACCCCUCUUUUUUUUUUUAAUUCCCAGCUGCUGCCUCUGUGGUUCUUGCACUGAACAAGUAUCUAAGUGUGUUUUCUAACCACACACCCCUUAACACAAACACACACAACACCCUCUGUUAGUGGCAUGUAAUUUUAAAACUGUUGGAAUUUUUUUUUAACUUUUGUUUUUUUGGUGUACACUUGUUUUUCCCCCCUCCUCUCUACGAUUAAUAAAAUGCUCGAUCGUUAUUUGGCAUCUCAUUCACUUUGGGCUGGGGUGACAGGAACAGAGUAAUACUAUUUGAGACAGGAGUGGGGGAAACUUGGGCCUGUGGGCCUGAAUUCAGUCUUCCAGGCUUCUUUAUCCAUCCCUCAAGAUGCUACACACGCACACCAGUUAGCCCUGCUCUGUAUCCUAGAGUGCUUUCGCCUGUAUGGAAUGUGUACUUGAACUGUAAUCAUGUCUCUUGCUCACCCAAAUGGAGACAGGCUCGGGGUGGGAGGGCAGGAGACAUGUAGCAAUUUCUGGCCUUUGCACUGCUGGGCAAAAAUUCACAUUUGCUGCUUCACCCACUGGCCCCACACAGUCCUUGCAGGAUGCCCACAGCAGAACGUGGCUUUCCAGAAGAAACAGGUUCCCUGGCCACUGCUUUAGUGAGAAGUAGUUGCAGGAAGCCUGUCGCCUCUAGGUUAUAGCUCUGUAUUUGUAUUCACGUCUGUACAUCUCAGUUGGGCUUUGUGCAAGAGAAAUCAUCCUGCAGAAUUGGGACCCAAGACUCAUAGGUUGUGAACCCUAAGCAAAUACUUCUCUGCACUAGAGAACAAAUCCCUCUAUAUAACAAGCUUCUGUUAUCUGGAG